AUUCAAUUAUUUAUUCCUAAUACUUACUGUAAAAGAAAUUAAUGAAUACAUCCCUAAAACUUAGUCAUGAUCUAACAAGUCCAUCUGAUGGUGUAUUUGGAGUAGUAUUGCCCAAAGGCGAGACCGAGACCGAGUCUUGGUCUUGCAAACUCAGUCUUGGUCUUGAGCAAGUGUCUCGCAACAGUCUUGCAGUUACUUAUUAG